CAGGCAUGGCCCAGGGCCUCGCCUCACUAUGGCAGCAGCACGGCACAGCACCCUCGACUUCAAGCUCGGUGCCAAAGCUGAUGGUGAGACCAUUCUGAAAGGCCUCCAGUCCAUUUUCCAGGAGCAGGGGAUGACGGAGUCAGUGCACACCUGGCAGGACCAUGGCUAUUUAGCGACGUACAUAAACAAAAAUGGCAGCUUUGCCAAUUUGAGAAUUUACCCGCAUGGAUUGGUGUUGCUGGAUCGUCAGAGCUACGAUGGCGAUGCACAAGGCAAAGAAGUCGAUAGUCUUUGGAACAGAGUAGAAGAAAGAAUGAAAGAAUUGAGUCAGGACAGUACUGAGCGGGUAAAGCGAUUACCACCAGGAGGGGCCAUUGACAGAUACUGGCCCACUGCUGAUGGUCGCCUGGUUGAGUACGAUAUCGAUAAAGUGAUGUAUGAUGAAGACUCACCUUACCAGAACAUUAAAAUUUUACACUCAAAGCAAUUUGGGAAUAUUCUCAUCCUCAGUGGGGAUGUUAAUUUGGCGGAAAGUGAUUUGGCGUAUACCCGGGCCAUCAUGGGCAGUGGCAAAGAAGAUUACAGUGGCAAAGAUGUACUGAUUCUGGGAGGUGGAGAUGGGGGCAUAUUAUGUGAAACAGUCAAACUGAAACCAAAGAUGGUGACUAUGGUAGAGAUUGACCAAAUGGUGAUUGACGGAUGUAAGAAAUACACGUGAAAAACGUGUGGUGAUGUCUUAGACAAUCUUAAAGGAGACUGCUAUCAGGUUCUAAUAGAAGACUGUAUUCCAGUACUGAAGAGGUACGCCAAAGAAGGGAGAGAGUUUGACUAUGUGAUUAAUGAUUUGACAGCUGUUCCAAUCUCCACAUCUCCAGAAGAUUCCACAUGGGAGUUUCUCAGACUGAUUCUUGACCUCUCAAUGAAAGUAUUGAAACAGGAUGGGAAAUAUUUUACACAGGGGAACUGUGUCAGUUUGACAGAAGCCCUGUCACUCUAUGAAGAACAGCUGGGGCGCCUGUAUUGUCCUGUGGAAUUCCCGAAGGAGAUCGUCUGUGUCCCUUCGUACUUGGAAUUGUGGGUAUUUUACACAGUUUGGAAGAAAGCUAAACCUUGAAAAUCAGUGUCCCCGAGUCAUGUGUGCUGCAAAUAGCCUUCCUGACCUUUCUAUGCUGUACAUGAAAUCAAAACAAGUCAGGCAAUUGAUUGUGAAUUCCUUCACGUUUCCUGUUUUUAAUUAUUUUUUUAAUUUAAAAAUCAGAUGGAAAAUGUAUAUUUUGAUGAACUAGGAUGAUUAGACAGCACAGUGAAGGCUGCUAAAUGCACUGAA